AUGCCGUCCAAACGUAAGCGCGACAUCGAGGACUUCGAUCCUAACAAGUCGGAUUCCGAUGAUGAGAACUUCGAGCCCGGUACCGACCAGCCACCCGCACGAAGCAAGAAGCGAUCGCGCGGCUCAAAGUCCAAGAGCUCUGGCGGUGGAGGCGGCGGCAGCCGAAGACGCACGAACAAAUAUCGUGGAUCUGACAUCGACGACGAUGAUGAGGAUGUCUCUGAUAGUAUGGCAGAGGGCUCAUUCGUCUCGGAAGAAGAGGAGGAGGAAGAAGAUCUUCCCGUCAACGCUGCCGGUCGCCGUUCCAGGAAGGCCGCAACAAAGCACAACAGCUACAAGGAGAGUGAAAGCGAGUCUGAGUCUGAAGAAGCUGAAGCGUCCGAAGACGAGCUUUCCGAGGACCACGCCAAGCCCAAGAAGAAGAAGGAAUCCUUGAUGAUCAAGCUGAAGGUGCCCAAGAAUCCGGCUUCUGCUGCACCUGUCACUAGGAGAUCUACCCGCGCCCGGACAGCCGAGGUCGAGGAAGAGCAUGUCGAGUUGACCAACUCGGGCAGGCAUAUGCAGCGUGCUUCUAAGAGUCGAAGCCCGGAAACCUUUGCUCGCACUCGUAACUCCCGCUCAGUUAAGGGACUGAAGAAGGCACCAGACACGAUUGAGGAAGCAACUCAGGAGAGCAGCUUCCGUCGCGACGAUGACGCCGAUGCCGAUGAGUUGGCCGGCGAUGCGGAGCCAGUGGCUGCAGACACCGAGGAGAUUGUCGAUAGCAAGGAUGCGGUAAUGGAAGAUGCCAUCAAAGAAUCGACCGAGGUGGAUCCCGAUGCUGCAGCUGAUGAUGACGAUGAAGAGGACGAGGGUCCAAUCACACGGCGGACCCGAGCCAAGAGGGGAAGUGCAUCUGGACCUUCAGCUGCGGAACCUGAGGAAGACCCCAAGGAACCCACUGAUGGCGACGCCCCAACACGGCGUCUCACUCGCCGUGGACUUCGAAAGUCGAAAUCCCUUCAGGAGCCCAGUAGCGAUUUCGAGCCCGGCGAAGAGUCGGCGGAAGACGCGCACAUGUCCGACGACUCGCCCACCAAGAAGAAUUCCGCCGAUGCUGAAGAUGGCGACUUUGACAGCCCGGCCCCGCGCGGUAGAGCUGCUAAGCCCAAGGGCAGAUCCACCCGAAGCUCGCGCCGUGGGGCCGAGUCCGGGGAUGAAGUCGAGCUAGACCAUGACGAGCUUGCCGAGGAGCUCCACGAACUUCGACAAGACUCGCGCUCUCGGCGCACAAGGCGACCUUCACCCGCAAUCAUCUACCAAGAAACUGCGUCGAAGCGUCGCAGAGCCGCAGCAAAGCCAAUGAACUACUUCAUGCCUCCUCUUUCCGCCGUUAACAUAGAGGAAGACGAUGGUGAGGACCCCGCCCCGACCCCUGCACGGCGCCGUAACGGACGUGGAGGCGCCAGUCAAGCAUGGGACCGCGCUCUCAACACGACUUUUGGUCCCUUCGGAGGCGGAGGCGGUGCAGGCUCCAUUCUCGCUGGACCUUGGGGCACCGGCGCUGCUGGAGGUGUUGACUCCGACAGCAGUGACGAUGAAAUGGGUGGACGUUCUGGCGCCGCCGGAAAUGUUGGCAUGACUCCCACGUCGGCUGCUGCUCCAGGUGGCCUGCUCCCUGGUCUCGCGCAGCCUGUGGGUGGUGAAGGUGCUGGUGUCGGCGCAACACCCAACGUCGGCAAGGUCAAAAACACAAAGGCCCUCGCUGAUGCCGAUCCUCUUGGUGUCGACCUUAACGUGGACUUCAACCAAGUUGGUGGUCUCCAAGGUCACAUCGACCAGCUGAAGGAAAUGGUUCAGUUACCUCUCCUGUACCCCGAGCUCUUCCAAAAGUUCCACGUCACACCCCCGCGAGGCGUCCUCUUCCACGGUCCUCCCGGUACCGGUAAAACUCUCCUCGCCCGUGCCCUCGCCAACUCUGUUGGUAUUGGUGGCCGCAAGAUCACCUUCUACAUGCGCAAGGGAGCCGAUGCCCUGAGCAAGUGGGUUGGUGAAGCCGAGAAGCAGCUGCGGCUGUUGUUUGAGGAAGCCAGACGAACGCAACCAAGUAUCAUCUUCUUCGACGAAAUCGAUGGUCUAGCUCCAGUACGUUCUAGUAAACAGGAGCAGAUUCACGCGUCGAUCGUGUCAACGCUUUUGGCGUUGAUGGAUGGUAUGGACGGCCGUGGACAGGUCAUCGUCAUCGGAGCAACCAACCGUCCAGACAACAUCGAUCCUGCGCUGAGAAGACCUGGUCGAUUCGAUCGAGAGUUCUACUUCCCUCUUCCUGACGUAGAGGGCCGUCGAUCAAUUCUUGAGAUUCACACCAAGGACUGGGGUCUUUCAGAACCUUUCAAGCAAUCGCUUGCGGAGAACACCAAGGGUUAUGGUGGUGCCGACCUCCGAGCACUUUGCACUGAGGCUGCUCUCAAUGCCAUCCAAAGAACGUACCCACAGAUUUAUUCCUCAAAAGACAAGCUCAUCGUCAACCCCGAAAACAUCAGCAUUCAUGCCACCGACUUCAUGAUCUCUAUCAAGAAGAUGGUGCCCUCUUCAGAAAGAUCUGCUGGCACAGGCGCAGCUCCGCUGCCCAAGGGAAUCGAGCCACUGUUGCGUGAUCAAUUCGACUCUAUCAAGAAGGCUCUCGACGAGGUCCUUCCUCGCAAGAAAAAGCUCACAGCGCUUGAGGAGGCAAUGUACGAGCAGUUUGACGACGAAGACCACGGGUUUGGACGCGAGGCCAUGCAUCAAGAGUUCGAGCGAUCUCGUGUGUUCCGCCCACGCUUCCUGAUCCAUGGGUUUGCCGGCAUGGGCCAGAGUUACCUGUCAUCUGCGCUUCUUCACUACUUCGAGGGUGUCCAGGUGCAAAACUUCGGCCUUCCCAAUUUGCUUGCUGAUGGACGGCCCAUGGAACAGGUCAUCGUUGGCCUUUUUACGGAAGUCAAGAGACACAAGCCCAGUGUCAUCUACAUUCCUGGCAUCGAGUCUUGGUAUGCAUCACUGCGGGACAGCUUGCCGUUCAUGACCUUCAAGGCCAUGCUAAAGUCGAUUCCGCCAACGGAUCCUAUCUUGUUGCUGGCGACUUCGGAGUAUGAGGCUGGCGAGAGCCUUUCUCAAGCCCUCGUCCGAGAGCUGUUUGCAUUUUCUCGCAAGAACCGGCUUCAGAUCGAGCGACCCAAGCAUCCCAACCGACGCGAAUACUUCUCUACAAUCGUGGAGCAUGUCCGCAAGAGCCCGGCCGAGUUCCCUGACCCUGCCAACCGGAAGAAGAGGAUCUUGGACCAGCUCCCAGUCGCUCCGCCGCCACCGCCCAAGGUGCCUUCAAAGGAAGAAGUCAAGGCCAUGCAGAAGCGCGAUCAUCAGCUUCUCAACAUUCUUAAAGUACAACUUCAACCAAUCAUGGACCAGAUCAACAGAAAGUACAAAAAGUUCAGACAGCCCGUCAUUCCACAGAGCCAACUCGACUACCUCUUCGCCGAGAACCAAAUUAACUUCGUGCGCCCCGACCUGGCAGGUGUCGAGCCUCGGCCAUUCGAGAUCGUGAAGGACAAAUACGGCGAUGACGUGCUUCGCGAAACGGCCACGGGCAAGACGUUCUCCAACUUGGAAACCACGACCAUCGAGGAGCGUCUUUCAAACGGGUACUAUUGCCGUCCCAAGGACUUCCUCAAAGACAUAAAAUCUCUUGCGAGGGACUCCAAGAACAUCGGCGACAAGGAGCGCACGUUGAAGGCGAACGAGCUUGUAAGCAAUGUCGAGGUUGAUGUCGCGACUAUCGAAGGCAACACAGCCACCGUGGACUGGGAGUCUCUGUACCAGAGACAAGUCCAACGUGCCAGAGCUGCAGCCGAGAAGGAGAGAAAGAGGAAGGCUAUGCAGUCCAUCGUCGAUCGCGUCCAAACUGAUGCAGCCGGAGGUAAUGACAGCGACUCUCAAGGACCUGUCACCUUGGGCGAGCGCAUCCCUGGCUCUUCUCAUGCCAUGGCUCGCUUCCAGGUUAUGAGCCCGGGACCUAGCGGCGGCCCUGCUGUUCCUCCCCAGAGCAAUGGAACGUCCAACCCAUCACGGCAAAGCGACGUUCACAUGAGCGGAGUCGAUGAUGACACCACCCAGGACAGCUCAUCUAUGCAGCCUCCUCAGUGGCCGGCACAGGGCAACCAAGCAACGGGCGCGAUAACCGGCACAACCGUGGUUUCUCAGAAGUCAAUGAUCACCACGGUGCCUCCUGGCAUGUCUCCUUCAGAUCUACUGAACGAUGCGUCAACGACUAAGACGUCCGAUCCGUCUCAAAGAUCGUCGGGAGAGAAGUGGACACAAGGCACUAAUGGUGUGCACGGCGAGCAGCAGAGCCAGGGCGAUAAUUCUCAGCUGCAAGACACGCAGAUCCCAGCCGGCAUGCAGGCUAGCCAGGCCACCUCGAGCGACGAAAUUUGGCCACACUCCCAGGCCCAAGGCAUCGCGCGCGGUGUCAUACGUCCCUCAAUGGGCGGGCCAGGUAGCCAGAACUCAUCACCUAACAAGUCUAGAAGCUCGGGGGAUUCCAAGUCGCAUGCCCCGACUCUGGUUAACAUCCUGAACGACUCGCCAGGCGAAGAGAUUCGAAAUUCCGGCUCGUCCUUGUCGCAGCAACAGCCUGUUAUCCACGAGGAACAGGUUGAGAAUUUCCUUGACGAGUUGACCGAGGGGACAUCGGGCUGCACCAUUGAGCAACUUGAGCAGAUCAACCGCGAGUUGAUGGACGAAAUCUGGCGCACGAGGCAUGAGUGGAACCGUAUGAAGGUUCUUGGAGACCUCACCAAGGUGUUUAAUGAGACGAUAAGCGACAUCGAAAACACCCAAGGGCUUUUCCAGCAGAGCCAGGAGGUGUAA